CAGUGAGAGGCGACUGUUACUGUAUUCCCUCCUCAUUUCAAUGUAAGAUGGUGGUAAGAAUCUGCUACCUAAAUAAACAGUAAAACUGAGUAGGAAAACAUCUAAUCAAUACUGAACAUCUGAGCUGUGGAAUAGUGCUCAAUCCAAUUUAUAAAACGGGUAAACCUGAUCAGUUGAGAGGCAGAAACCCCCGCCUAAACUUGAGUGGAAUUCCUGCAAUACAGGACCAGCUAGUAGAACACCUUGGCCGACCUGCCAGAGACUUUUCCCAAUUUGCCGUGUGAUAGGAUGUCCCGCAGUCCAGAGCUGAAAGAAGACCCCAUGGAGUGCCCACUGUGCAUGGAACCUCUGGAGAUUGAUGAUGUCAACUUCUUCCCCUGCACCUGCGGCUACCAAAUCUGCCGUUUCUGCUGGCAUCGUAUCCGCACAGAUGAGAAUGGCCUCUGCCCUGCUUGCAGAAAGCCUUACCCGGAGGAUCCUGCAGUAUACAAGCCACUGUCACAAGAGGAGAUUCAGAGGAUAAAGAACGAGAAGAAGCAGAAGCUGAACGAGAAGAAGCAGAAGGUGACGGAGAACCGCAAGCAUCUGGCCAGCGUCCGUGUGGUGCAGCGGAACCUGGUGUUCGUUGUAGGGCUUUCUCAAAGGCUUGCUGAUGCAGAGGUUCUAAAGCGUCCAGAGUAUUUUGGCAAGUUUGGAAAAAUUCAUAAAGUGGUCAUCAAUAACAGCACGUCAUAUGCAGGUUCACAGGGUCCUAGUGCUAGUGCCUAUGUAACUUACAUUCGUUCAGAGGAUGCCCUUAGAGCAAUACAAUGUGUAAACAAUGUCAUAGUGGACGGUAGAACGCUCAAGGCUUCAUUAGGUACAACAAAGUACUGCAGCUACUUUCUUAAAAGCAUGCAGUGUCCUAAACCAGACUGCAUGUAUUUACAUGAACUUGGCGAUGAGGCAGCUAGUUUUACAAAAGAAGAAAUGCAGGCUGGGAAACAUCAAGAAUAUGAACAAAAGUUACUCCAAGACCUUUACAAAGCAAACCCCACCUUUUUACUAACCUCAACAUGUGGGGAGAAGUCAAAGAGCAAAUCCAAUUCCACUCAGCGGCCCAAUAGCACCAAUAAAGAAGGAUGGCCCUCAUUACAGAAUUAUGGGAAAAUGGUGAACGGUUUAACCACAGAGCAUCGUAAGUCUCCUCCUCUAUUAGACUGCCUAACAGACUCCGAUCACAUGACUCCAGACGAACCAGACCUUGAACAGGGAACAGAGCAAAACACAGGCCUCCCACCCUUCCCAUCAGCCUUAGAGCCUACCAGUCCGAUUGACAAACCAUCAGAACCCAUAAGUAUAGGAAACGGGGAAAAUAUAUCACAGACAUCCAGUAGCGAUUCCCCUUCUCCUCCACCUGGCCUUACUAAACCCAGCCUCGUCGUGCCCAUCAGUGUGGCUGAACUCACAGCACGGUCACCCUUUGAGGGGGCUGCAGCAGAGUCUCAAUCUCUUUUCUCAGACAACAGCAAUUUCAGACAUCCCAACCCCAUCCCCAGCGGCCUGCCCCCCUUUUCCAAUUCACCACAGGGAGCCUCCGAUUGGCCCAUGACUCCAGAACCACAGAGCCUUUUCACCUCAGAAACUAUCCCUGUGUCGUCCUCAACUGAUUGGCAGGCAGCCUUUGGUUUUGGCUCCUCAGCCAAGCAGCAGCAGCAGGACGAUGAUCUUGGCUUUGACCCAUUUGACGUCACACGGAAGGCUCUGGCCGACCUCAUAGAGAAAGAGCUGUCAGUCCAGGAGCAUUCCCCCCUCUCCCCCAACCCCUCCUCUCAUCAGACCGGCCUCCCCAAUGGCCAACAGCGCUUUCCUCAUCUCCAGCACAGAGGCCUCUAUAACUCCUUCAGUCUACCCCAACACAUGGCCGCACGUCACCCCUGGAUGGGCAUUCCUACCCGCAAUAACCUCACACACUUAAACCACACGGCCACCGCAGCUGCACACAGCCAUUUCUUAGACCUGAGCAUGCCAGCCCAGCACCACAGCACCGGUCUUGGGGGGAUUCCUAUAUCAGAAAACAACGGCUCUGUGGAAAGCAUUAAUGUGAAAGAGUGGCAGGAUGGACUACGUGCACUCCUACCAAAUAUCAACAUCAACUUCGGAGGCCUCCCGAACUCUACCUCUUCCUCGUCCUCUUCCUCCACUUCCAGUGUGAAUCACAUCGGGGUGCCAAUAGGCUCGGCUGGAAUCUCGCACAGCCUCAGUUGGGACAGUACGGCCAGUUGGAUGGACCCCGCCAUCAUCACAGGUAUUCCGGCAUCCACAGGGAACAGUUUGGACUGUCUCCAGGAUGACAAUCCCCCACACUGGCUCAAGUCUCUGCAGGCACUCACAGAGAUGGACGGCCCACCCAGUUCCAGCGCACUUCCACAGCCCCCACACACUGGUCUCCUAGACGCGGCGGCCCACCUCUCCUUACACAGAGCAGCCUGGGCUCCUUACCUCCCUCCUCCCACACUCACCCCAAAUCAGUUCCACUCUCCACCUCCAGGCUUUCAGACAGCCUUCAGACCCCAAGCGCAGACGGCCACAGACAUCCUACAGAGUGCCGGCAUUGACCGUCACUAAAGACAACACUUGAUUUAACUGCAUCACAAACAUGAAACUGCAAAUAUACCCCUUCCAUUAAUAACGUAACAUAAGCUCUUCUCUUUCUACCCUUUCCCUCUCCAUCCCUUUCCCCAUCAGGAUUAGUUUGUCUGUCAGUUUUUUUUUUGAAGGCACACAUACGUUUCUGUACGACGAGCACCAUCAGUGCUGGGUAAUGAUUACAAUGAAGAUGCCUGGGAGAUUCAGACAGACACUGAGGGUCCUUAUACAUGCAUCUUUACACAUGAUUCUGAGGGGGACUAAAGUGUCUGACACUGAAAUGUGCAGAGAAAACCAUGAGCAGCACUGAUGUGACACGCGACUAAUAAUGGCUAAACGGAAUAUGCCUAAACAAAUAAUGCUUCUGAUUGGCAUCACUUCUUCAUCCAAGGUACAGACUAAUUUAUACUGUGAAUUUUUACACUUCCUGAAUGUUAGGUCUCACCAUCAGGUAAGAUGUUUGAGAGGUCAAUCCUCCUUGGAAAGAACUCCAUUAAUCAGAGUUCCUUCUUAAUCUUAAAGAGGAGCUCUUUUGGAUUCAGGGCUUUGUCUAAAGCAUCUUUGGGUUAGUAUGGUGAUGUGAGGCUUGACAAGCCGCUUCAGGAUGACUAUGCUAAUCUCAUUCCUUUAAAGAGAGGGACAGCAAGACCACUGUGGAAGUGUUUAUUGGCUUGCCGAUAAAAUAAGCCAUUCAUACAAGGUAUGAAUCAGGAAUUGGGUCUGGAACCUUGGGAAGGAUGGUGAUGGUAAUAAGAAGAAGUGUCAAGGCAUGAUUGCAGAAAACGAGUGUCAAAAACGUGACGGCAAACACACACACACACACUAACAUGCCGCCAUUCCAAGGCCUACAAUUAAUUUCUACUCUAUUUUCUUUCUCAUCUGUGUGGCCAUACUUAACAGUAUUUAUCAAACGCAAUCACUCAUUCAUUCAGGAAGAAAAACAAAUCAAUGUAGACCAACAUUUGGGUUUAACAUGCUGCUGAGAUCAUACAAAAUAAAAGCGCUAAAAGAAAAAAAUUGACCCCUUUUCUGCUGGUCUGGAACAAUGAAAUCUUAAAUAAACAUAAGUAUUCAGUG